AUGAUGCUGCUACUAACCAUCUCCCUGGUUGCUCUAACAAUCACCCCUGCCUUCACCUGGCCAGCUGAAGACCCGGAACUGGGUCAAGUGAAUGGGGUCGAUCCACCUAAAUCUUCUCCUGUUUCCACCGAACAUCAGGCCCAGCAAUUACUUUAUGGAGCCAUGCAGGAAGAGAACAAGCUAAUUACCACUGAGCAGGAGGUCCCAGCUUACAAUUACGGAUCAAUGCAGGAAUUGGCUGAGGCCCAGUUUCACCUUCGCUACGAAAUCCCGGUGAAUGGCCUGGCCAUAGGACAGAGUGUAGAGGUGGUCUAUAAGAACCCAAACUCUGGUGUGGUAGCAGUCAACUUUGUGACAGACACUGGCGCCAUUUCUCUGCACGUUAACCCUCGCUACAACUGGGGAGGAAAUGUCAAUUUCCUCUACCUCAACACUUUCUUCAGUGGAAGGUGGCAGAAGUACCAAACGGCCCCCGGCUUCCCGUUCCCAGCUAAUGGAGUAUCCACAACAGUGUCUCUUCGUAUAACCGUUCAGCAGAAUUCCUUUCUCAUACUGGCCAACGAUAUCCCAAUAACAAGGUUCGCAUUUCGUCAUUCGCUGAGUCCAAAAAGCAUCAGAAAAAUCCAGUGGACAGUUUUGGACAACACAGCUACCAGAAAGGCUGUUCUGGAGACACUGGCACUCCAUUUCUAA